AUGGCAGACUCACCAUUCCACACAGAAGGCGUCGAGUCAACGUGGUCAACGCCGAUGCCCAUCCGCCACCGCGAGACGCGUCAUCUCAAGACUUCCUCGUCUGUAUCUUCAUCUUCUGCCACCUUCCCUCACAUCACCGAGGUGCUACAAUGGACGUCGCUCGACAACCCUGCCCCGCACCCGUCCUCAAAAUGCCCCGAGGGCUUGAACCUCUCAUCAGCAGCUUUCAAGGCGUAUCGUGACCGUUCACCAACGUCGUCGACUAUGAGCUCGGCUGUCAUGCCUGACUCGGCCACGACAUAUUCGAUGCCCAUGUCGCCGACCCUCUCAACAUUCACUCGGGCCACGACGCCAGAUGUCGAGGUCCCCAGCAGGGAGACGCUGCGGGGUCAUCCCAUUAGGCACUGGAAUCGCCAGUCAUAUGAUUCGUCCUCGUCUACGUUUGUUGAUUCAGUGCCCGACGAAGAUCGGAUGAAGGACCACUCUAGACAGCCAGAGAUCAAUGAGAUACCAGAGGUUGAAGCCAUUCGUGCAGCCGGCACUCCAAGACCAGCAGCCGACCAGACCGACAGCAAUGGGCCUCCGCCGCUCAAGGAGAGGAUGAGUUUCGACGUGGGGGUCGACAGACUUUCCACAGGUUGGGACGCUGACCCCUCAGACAGCGCAGACGAGGAGGUUGAGGGCGUGCUCAACUACGUCCUCCAAGCUGCGUAUGGUGUCGAUUUAGAUGAGAUUGGCGCUCCUCAGAAUUUGCUCCGCCGCUUCACGUCCCGCUUCAUUCAAGACGUCGGCCGCAUCGCCUUCAGCGGCCCGUCAACCACGCAGCUCACGCACACGACAUCAACUUCAUCUCGAUCAACAGUGCUCAUUGCACGAGCUCCAACGCGAACCUCCCAAACUGGAAAGCGGAAGAAAGGCGGCCCCAGCCGUGACGGAACAGAAGAUGACGAGGACAUCAGCGAGGAUGACGCCGAUGGCGGUGCUCCGUUCAAACGCGCUCGACAGAUCGUCAAGGAACCCGAAGAGAACCUCCGCCUGAGCUGCCCCUUUCGCAAGCGCAACCCUGCGCGGUUCAACGUGCGUGAGCAUCACUCUUGCGCCAUGACGUAUUUUCCGAAAUUUGCCGAGCUGCGACAGCACAUCGUGAAGCAACAUAAGCGGGUGGAUCCGUCCGCCUUCGUCUGUGACCGGUGCAACCGCGACUUUGCAGCAAGGAAGGAUCUCAGGGACCACCAGAGACUGCCGAGGGAGCUCAUGUGUGACAUUGCUGAUCACGACCCUGAAUGUGGCAUUGAUGGGCCAACGGCUGCCAAGCUGCUGAGCCGGAAGCGGGCGGGCGGGACAUCGGCGGAAGUGCAGUGGAUGGAAAUCUGGAACCUCGUGUUUCCGGAUGACGGUGAUCACGAAGUGGUCAACUGGGACUUCUGUCCUGUCAUCGAACACUUUGAGGUGACGGGGCGCUUCCUCGCAAGCUUGAAGGCGCUCGAGGGAAGUCUACGCAACAAAGGACUCAACGAGCAGGCGCUUGAGACGAUAGGCAACGUGUAUCGCAACCAGUUCAUCCAGGUUGUGGAGCAGUGCGUGAAUGACGCGAGAACAAAGCCAUACUCGAAUAGAAGCAAUCGCAAGAGCGAGAUCAACGCUGCCAUGCCAGGGCAGCCAUCACGACGUGGGCCCAGGCCGGACUCGGGGGUGGAUGUCGACGAAGGGUCAUCUGAGGACAGUCUCUCGAUCGCACUUCUAGGGUCAAGUUUUGGCAUGGAUGAUGGGUUGGGCCGGUGCUCAUCGACAGGGACAGAGAUUCGGUCAAGUAACGGUGCUGGCGGGCGCAUGUUGAUGCCCGUGAUGGAGCAGGUCCCGGGGGAUGGCGGCGAGUACGGGCUCAAUCCGAGUGGACUGCCGGGCGGGCUCUAUGGAGACUUUGCGUCCGAUAUGACGGAGGAUGUCAUGACGGGGUCCUGGGCAUACGGGGUACCGCAAACGAAUCUCGCAACGGGGCUAACUGAGAUCCUGCCAGGGUCGGGGCCAGGUCCGGGGCCCAGCCCUUAUGCCGGAUGGGAUAUGGCGCUGCCCUCGAAUCAGACAGGCCAGUUUGAUUUCCCAGGGUACGGCUCGCGGUGA